AGAAGAAGAGGAAGAUGACAGCCACCACCACCACCACUGCUUCUCCGAGGAAGAGGAUAAAAAAGGAGGAGGAAGAGGAGGAGGAGGAGGAGGAAGAGGAGGAGGUGGAGGUGGAGGAGGAGGAACAUCUGCUUGUGGAAGAUGAGUCCUGGACGAAGGAGGCCACGCUGGAGUUAAUGGAGAGAGUCACCCGCCAGCUGCCUCCCCCAGAAAAGGACAGCAAAUCCUACCGGGUGACUUUGAAGAGGAUCGAUUGGGGUGCUGCUGCCUUGCCCGGAAGAAGUCCUGACUCUUGCAAAGCCCACUUCAUGAUGCUGUUCAAGAAGAUUUCACCCUUUAAAACCUUGGCAACAAUCGUGGGUGAGAUGAUGAAGAUGGUGACCUCUGGGUACCGUGAUCGCAGAAACCGCCCCCUGCCUAUCCAUCGUUUCCUCAAGGACUUCUUCACUGAGGAACUCAAGGAGAAGGCCAAGAGGAACGGGGAUAACAUGUUGAAGCUGGGACAUCAAGCUUGGAAGGAGCUGCCAGUUGGGAAGAAGGAGGUUUACAUGCAGAGCUACAAGGAAGAGUGCUCAAAGAUUAUGAAGAGUGGCAGCAGCCCGACCAAAGAUUCAGGUGUUAAGUUGCCUAAGGUGCCAUAUCAGAUAUGCUGGGAGAAGGAGCGGGACACCAUAAAGACCCGCCACAGGAGCAGAACCUACUACUCGAACCUACCUGCGGAGAAACAGCUGCCAUACAUUACUGAAUCGUUAAAAUCAAUGAUGGAAUUCGAGAAGGAGAAAGCGCGUUUAGCAGCAUCCGAUCCAGAAUAUCAGCCCCCUUCUCAUCCGUCCCUGAGUAAACUGGACCUGAAGACAUACCUGGAGGCUGUUGGGUGCCCUCCACUGGCCUCCACAAGGCCCUCAGUGGUGUUCUAUAAGGAGGUGAUGCAGAAGGGCCUCCUUGACAGUAUCCCUGGGCUGCAGAAGAUGGGGAAGGCUAUGCAAAUGUACAAGAAGUUAAAUGAGGCAGAGAAAAAUGUGUACAAGCUUAAAUUUAGAAAGGAACAAGAGGAUUUCCAGGAGAACCUCAAGGAGUGGGCCAAUGAUCAGGAUGAAGUGACUCUCUACGCUCUCAAGAUAUAUAAAGAUGUAAUGGCAGGGUUUGCAAUGCCGCCAGGAAGGAGAACAAGACACACAAAGGCAGAGGAUGUGUUCCCGUACAAAGAGGUACCCGAUACAUCAUGUCCACGGUUUAGACAAGAGCCCUCACGACCCCCAGCCACCCCUUACCACCUCUUUGCCGCUAAGUUCAAGCUGACCGUCACUGAUCUGUUGGGGUCGGAGCUGUUGGCGGCAACCAGGGAGGCUUGGAAAUCGCAGAGUGUGGAGGUCAGGGAAGCGUACGCAGAACGGUGCCGUAAAUUACACAAGAAGUAUGCGGCAGAAUUGAAGAGUUGCGUUCGAGACAUGGAGCAGAAGACUCGCUAUCUCUUCCUGGGAUUCAAUCGCAUUCCGUUAUACCGUUUCUUCGACAAUUGUGACAUUUUCGACGAGUUUCCGAACAGCGAGGAGUACCCAGUGUUUGUCAAGGCCUCGAGUGACCUGUUUGCAUUGCCAGCUGCCACGAAGGAGGAGGAAAAAGACGUCAAAACUCAGAAAAAGAAGAAAAUGUUGUCGCCAGUUUUGUUUACCGAUCUUAAUGCACCGCCAGGGUCAGAUGAGGUCAAAGGUCAAAGGUCGUCAGUCACCAAACAUCAAGAGGAGAGUGAAGAGGAAGAGGAAGAGGAGAGUGAGGAGGAGGAGGAGGAGUCACAGAGCUUGCCGACUUUCAUAUCGCCAAUAAAGUUGCCUAAGAAGAAACCAACUACCACCACCAAGAAGGCACUCCCCCCACCCCCCUCUGAUGAUGAUGAUGAGGAAGAGGAGGAGGAUGACGAUGACGAUGAUGAUGGUGGUGUGGCCCCCUCCUGGCGCUCUGGCCCCCCCACCCCCAAUACCUCUGCCCAGCUUAAGAAGGCCACCACUGCCAGCCCCAAGAAGAAGACCACCACCACCACCACCACCAGCCCCAAGAAGAAGGCACCACCACCCCCGAAGGCGCCCCCUGCACCCCCUAGUGAUUCUGAGGAGGAGGAGGAGGAGGAUAGUGAAGAGGAUGUGACCCCUGCCUGGCGCUCUGGUCCCCCCACCCCUGCCACACCUGCCAACCGUGCCUCGCCAAAGAAGGCCAAACAACAACGACAACGACAAGAGAGCAGUUCGUCAGGUUUCUCCGACACAGACUCCGAUUAACGCCACCACCACCACCACCACCACCACCACCCUAGUAAAUCUUUGUCACUAAUCUCUCUCUCUCUCUUUCUCUCUGUUCUAAACGAUUAUGGGUGUUUCUGGUGAGUUUUGAGGUGUUUUGAGUGUUUUAUGCUAGUUUUACACACACACACACACACACACACACACACACACAAGGCAGUUAUUUAAUUUUAAGGAUGUCAUUUGUAAACAUUAUUAUUAGUAUUAGUUUCUCUAGAAGCUUAAAAUGUUCGUUUGAGUGUGAAAGAAAAAAAAUUGUCUCUAUAAAUGGUUGAAAUAAUUCCAUUUUUAUUGAAGCUAUUUUUAUUUAUUUAUUUAUUUUGUGUUUACCUUGUUAGAAUGGUAAGAAGAUUAAUAUUUUGUCAUUUUUAUUAUUAUUAUUAUUAUUUUUAUUUAUUUAUUUUUUUUUUCUAGGCUAAGAAAUAUUAAGGUGCUCAAUUUGUCAUAGUCUCUCUCUCUCUCUCUCUCUCUCUCUCUCUCUCUCUCUCUCUCUCUCUCUCUCUCUCUCUCUCUCUCUCUCUCUCUCUCUCUCUCUCUCUAAUGUACCUUAUAUUAAAAUUAAUUCUACAAUAUUUAAUUAAGAGGCAGACGACAAAUGUGCUUCCAAGUUCUUUAUUGCAUCAACACCCUUACAGUACCAAGAACACAUCAAACACACCCCCAACAAGGCCAUUUAUUGUGUUACAUUGGUCGAAGAUAGAAGAUUUUGUGUUCUAAAUCUUGCCUCUCACCACCACGACCAGCUGGGUUUUCAAGGGUGUGUCUCCUGUUUGUAUUGUAGAAAUGGUGUUGAUCUGCCACUAGAACUACAAAAACACCCUUAACAACCUGUGUAUUGUAUUAAAAAAGCUGUGUUCUAAAAUGCUGUACUCUCGUUAUGACUAAUUUGCAAGGCCACAGAUGAUUAGCGGAGUUUUCAAGAGUGUUUCUCCUGUUCAUAAUCUGGAAGUGGUGUUAAUCUGCCACUAGAACCACAAAGACCCUUAAAAACUCUUACAAUUUCAAUUUGAGCCAUUUAAAAGCAUAUUUCUCCUGAUAAUAAUGCAGAAAUGGUGUUAAUCUAUCAGUAGAACCACAAAAACACCCUUAAAAACCCUUACAUUCAACUACAGCCAUUUAAAAGUGUGUUUCUACUUUCAAUAAUACAGAAAUGGUGUUAAUCUAUCAGUAGAACCACAAAAACACCCUUAAAAACCCUUACAACUUCAACUACAGCCAUUUAAAAGUGUGUUUCUACUUUUAACAAUACAAAAGUGGUGUUAAUCUGCCACUAGAACCACAAAAACACCCUUAAAACCCUCACAACUUCAACUAGAGCCAGGGAAAUGUUGAAAAUCUUGUCCACUUGUCACCAGAACCACAGCAACACCCUUGGAGAUGCAGUGUGACCUCAGGAGCCUUUGGGAAGCAGUGGUGGUGGUGGUGUGGUGCUGAAAUGGUGUAGAUUUGAAGCCACAAGAUGCUGUAACCACCACCACCACUACCAUUGUCUAGAGAGAGAGAGAGAGUGAGUGAGAGAAUAAUGUUGACUUAUUAUUAAUGUGUACUUAUAUCACUACUACUACUACUAAGUGAAUUGUAAGUGAAUUAAGUGUUUUUUAAUAUUUAGUUUGUGUUUUUGUAAGUAAAAUGAUGAAAUUUUUGAGGACAAAAUGUUUCUUUUGUCAAUAAAUUGUAGAAAUGUA